AGGUUUCAAAAGAUGCGUCUCAAACUAAAAGUUUCAGUUAAUUUUGAACUUAGUUAAUUAAUAACUUUGUCAAUACUUGACCAACGAGUCUUUUAUUGCAUAGGCAUACCAGCUAAGGUGUACUCUAUAAACUGGCAAAGUUUGAGGGUAUGUUUAGGGGGAGACGCAUGCCCACCCCCUAAAUUAUUAUCUUCACCAACGCAAAUGUGUAUCUAGAUCCCUAUGUGAGUCGUGUCUGACGCUUUCACCAUCCAUUAGAUUACAAGAGAAUCUUUAACAGUUUUUAUUCCAGUGUCCCGCAUAUAAUAUGAAAGUUAUAUGAAAGUUUAUAUGAAAGUUUUAGCUUUCUGCUGUAAACUUUUCCCAAUGAAAUUUAAACUUUACUGCUCAAUAGUGAAAUGGUAUCGGAAGUUUGUUAUUUUUAUAACUCGACCCAGACUAAUGCUGAAAGGCUAACAUUUUCAGGAUCUAUUUAACUUUUGACGCUCUACACAAUGACUUACUCAAAUCUGCUCCAUCGCACUUAAAGGACCGGUUUUCUAGAAAACCUUUCAGUUUUAGGGAGAGUAUGGAACGCUAGUAGAAGAAAAUUUGCGGUAGCCAUAUGCAAACCUUUUUGUUUGCUGGAUGAAAGAACUCACUAAGUUAUAGACUGCAGAGACAGAAACACUAUCGAUGAGUCCAUGAAGAAGCAUUGUGUCAAGAUUGAGCUCCAUUUUAAGUAAUUUAACAGAAACUAAAAGUAUAUCUCUAUCGUUUUUAUAUGCGGGACACUGGAAUAAAAACUGUUAAAGAUUCUCUUGUAAUCUAAUGGAUGGUGAAAGCGUCAGACACGACUCACAUAGGGAACUAGAUACACAUUUGCGUUGGUGAAGGUAAUAAUUUAAGGGAGGGGUGAAAAAUGACUGACCGUUUUUUAAUUAUUAAUUAGUUCUGGUUAGCACUAAUUAGUGGCACUCUAGUGGACAAAGUAAAUUUUUCUAAUAUUAUAACAAAUGGAAGCAAAUCAUGCGAUAUAUCAUUCGAUAGAACUCUUCAAGCUCUAUCGAUCGUUCGAGCCACUUGACGCUCUACACCAUGACUUACUCAAAUCUGCUCCAUCGCACUUAAAGGAUUGAUUUUCCAGAGACCGGUUUUCUAGAAAACCCUUCAGAAACCCACCAUGGGCAGCUUUCAUAUUCAUAUUCGGAAUCAGCAUAGUCGAUAACCUACAAUCCACUAGGUUUCAUAGCAAAAGCUCCUGAUCAGUUGAGGACCUCUUUUCUCAUUUUUUGCUACAGUUUUUAAGUGCAAGCUCAGACGAACUUGACAGACGUCUUAUUUUGUUGAGAACUGAACGAGCUACCGAAUGGAGGGUCAAAAAAAGAUUUUCGAAGUUUUCCGGAUCUUGCAGGAUUUCUGGAAAACCAGUAUUUUCCAGGGAUCUGUUAGACCUGUUCCGGAGUAUUAGCACGAAUACUUUGCAUUGAUCUGUAUAGAUCUCGACGUCCUCUUUGAUUUGAGAUCAAACUCAAGGUUCCGCGACAGGGAUAAUAGGUAUAAAAAUGAUUUGCUAGAGAGACUGUUCUGCUGGAAAAUGCUGAAAAAUAACAGUCAUCGAAAAAUGUGUAUCUCGUCUUCUGCACCACAACUUUUGUAUAACGAGGUAGGUUUUAUAGAUGGACCCUAGAGUAACGUCAGAAAAUUUGAUUCUCAAAAGAUUUCAUUGUUGAAAAACCACGUUUCGAUUCUAGGUGGCGAAGAUUUUGAUCAAAAUGUUAUUGAACAUUUUAUUCAAUUAUUUAAAAAAAAACUGGUUUCGAUGUACGUAAAGAUACUCGUGCAGUACAGAGAUUACGUCGUAAAGUGGAGAAAAGUAAACGUAUUUUAUCAACACAAGUUGAAACAAGAAUUGAAAUUGAAUCGUUUUUUGGUGGUCAUGAUUUCUCAGAAACAUUUACACGUGCUACCUUUGAAAGUCUGAAUAAGCAUCUAUUUCUGUCUACAAUUCCUCUACUGGAGAAAGUGUUAGAAGAUUCGAAAUUACAAAAGAGUGACAUUUCAGAAAUUCUCAUGGUCGGUGGUUCAACACGUAUACCAAAAGUACAGGAAUUAGUCAAAGAAUUCUUUAAAGGUACAAAGCUGUCGAAAGCAAUCGAUCCCGAUGAAGCAGUUGGUACGUAUUGGGGUGCUGCGGUGCACGCAGGCAUAUUGGGUGGUGAGAAAAGUACAGGCAAGUUAAUUAUCCAAGAUGUUAAUCCCCUGACAUUGGGUAUUGCAACAGAGGUAGAAGGUAUAAUGGCAAAUAUGAUUCGACGUAAUACGAUCUAUGAAGGAGAACGUCCAUUUGUAAAAGACAAUCAUCUACUAGGACAGUUUGAAUUGACCGGGAUACCGCUGGCUCCAAAAGGCGUACCACAACUUGAUGUUACAUUUGAAAUUGAUGUCAAUGGUAUUCUGAACGUAACAGCUCAAGAUCGUGCAACCAAAAAUUUGAAGUACAUUGUAAUCACCAAUUCACAUUCAAAUGUUCUUUCGUCGGUUGAAAUUGACCGUAUGAUCAAAGACGAGGAGACGUUUGCGGAAUUAGAUCAACAGUUUAAAGCUCAUAUACAUGCAAAAAAUGAAUUUGAAGUUUACAUCAGAAAUUUGAAAAUGCAAUUAAACGAUGAAAAAAUACUAGGUGGUAAUCGAUUAUCAAAAGAUGAUAAAUCGAUUAUUGAAACGGCUGUCAAUGAGGAAUUUAAAUGGUUUGAAUCAAACAAAUCAAAUCCAGAAAUUGAAACUGAAAAUUGGAUUGAGCAUAAAAAACAAUUAGAAGCGAUCGCAAGUCGAAUUAUAAGGAAACUUUAUGGUGCGUAG